AUGGCAGACGAUUAUCGCGCGGCUAAAGACGUUUUCGCAGGUACCAUUGGAGGUAUUGCGCAGGUUUUGGUUGGUCAGCCUUUUGACACCACCAAGGUUCGGAUCCAGUCGGCCAAGGGAAACGUUUCACCGGUGAAAGUUGUCCGUGACUUGAUUGCAAACGAGGGUCCUUUGGCCUUCUAUAAAGGAACGUUGACUCCGCUUGUUGGAGUGGGUGUUUGUGUUUCGAUCCAGUUUGGUGUGAAUGAGUUUAUGAAACGGGUUUUCACUAACGCAAACGGCCCUGGCACCCAUUUAUCUAUGGGUCAAUUUUAUUUAUGCGGAGCAGCAGCAGGUUUCGCCAACGGUUUUGUCGCUGCGCCGAUCGAGCACAUCAGAAUCAGACUUCAGUUGCAGACUUCUGGUAAUGCCGAGUUCCAUGGACCAGUCGAUGUUCUCAAGAAGUUGUACCACACCGGAGGAAUCAAGCUGAUCUACAGAGGUCUUGGCCCUACUUUGGCAAGAGAGGGAUUCGGAGGUGGUAUGUACUUUCUGACGUUUGAGGCUCUCGUCAAGAAUGAGAUCCAUACAAAGAAUAUCCAAAGAAAAGACAUCGAGAAUUGGAGACUAAUUCUCUUUGGAGCUCUUGCCGGUUAUGGUAUGUGGCUCAGUAUUUAUCCUAUCGACGUUAUCAAGUCCAACAUGCAGACAGAUAACUACCACAAACCGGUCUACAAGAAUGCCCUGGCUGCUACAAGAGGAAUCGUGCAACAGAACGGAUUGAAAGGAUUGGUCAGAGGAUUCACUCCAACCAUCUUGAGAGCUGCUCCAGCCAACGCUGCCACCUUCUUUGCAUUCGAAACCACCAUGCGGUAUUUGAAUUAG